AUGGCACGCCCGAAAGUCCUCCUCUUAGGCGAAAUCGUUCACGCCGGCAAAACAUGGGAAGCCCUCAGCGACAUCGCCGAUCUCAUAACCACAAGCGCCACCAACCGCGCUGAAUUCAUCCAAGAAUGCAAAGACGGAAAACUCGAUGGCGUGGUCGCCGCAUAUCGCACUUUCGCCUCCUUUUCAAUCACGGGCCAGAUUGAUGAGGAGAUUGUUUCGGUUUUGCCGAAGUCUUUGCUUUUUCUUGCUCAUUGCGGAGCUGGAUAUGACCAAGUCGACGUUCACGCCUGCAGUGAACGCACACCACCCAUUCGUGUCAGUAACGUGCCCACAGCCGUUGACGACUCUACUGCCGAUGUAAACAUGUUCUUAAUCAUCGGCGCAAUCCGCAACUUCAACACGGGCAUGCACGCCCUCCGGCAAGGGAAAUGGCGUGGUGAUCCAGCGCCUCCAUUGGGCCAUGACCCCGAGGGUAAGGUACUCGGUAUCCUGGGAAUGGGUGGUAUUGGUCGCAACCUGAAAAAGAAAGCGGAGGCAUUUGGGAUGAAAGUUAUUUAUCAUAACAGACGACAGCUUAGUGAGACAAUGUCUGCGGGCGCAGAGUAUGUUACGUUUGAUGAGUUGUUGGCGAAGAGUGAUGUGAUCAGUUUGAAUUUGCCUCUAAACAAACACACCUACCACAUCAUUGGUAAGCCCGAAUUCGAGAAAAUGAAAGACGGCGUCGUGGUCGUCAACACAGCGCGUGGAGCAGUUAUCGAUGAAGCAGCUCUCGUUGAAGCCCUAGAUAGCGGUAAAGUAUUUUCUGCAGGUCUGGAUGUCUUUGAGGAGGAGCCCAAGAUCCACCCGGGUCUUUUGCGGAAUCCGAAUGUGAUGUUGGUGCCUCAUAUGGGGACUUGGUCUUAUGAGACUCAAACGGAAAUGGAGGAAUGGGCCAUUGGGAAUGUGCGUCAGGCUAUUGAGAAGGGGACCCUGAAGAGCAUCGUGCCUGAGCAGGUGGAUCUUUAG